UAUUUGCAUUGGUUCAGAACGUUUAAUUUGUUUUCAUUCAAAGUUAGACGCAUUUUUUUAGAGCUGAGAACUAAGAAUGAUGUUAAAAUAAAUUUUACUUUAAAAAAUUGAUGACGUCACCUCAGAAGUUUGACUGUACUUCUAAUUUAUCAUUCCAUUCAAAUUUUUUGGAUUUGCAUAGACAGGGUGACUCAAAAAAAUUAAUGAAUGCGUGAAUAUAUUUUAUUGAUUUAAUCAGGAACUACAAAACCGAAUGAUUUGAAAUCUUGGAGAUGUUUUAAAGUUAUCAUAGGUAUGGUAAAUUUGUGAUCAAAAUAUAUUUGCUCAUCCCCCCUAAAAAAUUGAACACGCCACCCCAAAAUUUUUCCGAAAAAAUGCGAUCGUAAAUGUGCAUUGUGCAAAGUAUGAUUAGUCUAUAAUUGGAUUUAUCACUGCAUAAAUAUUUUUUAGAUUUGCUUAUACGGGGUGUGUGAAAAAAAUUAAUGACUGAGUCAAUUUAUUUUAUUGAUGAAAUCAAGAAUUGCAAAUCUGGAUACUUUGAAAUCUUGACGUUUUGAAGUUAUUGUAAGCAUGGUAACUUUUUAAUGAAAAUGUAUCUGUUUAUCAACCCCCAAAAAUUGAUUACGGCAUCUCAAAAUUUUGCCGAAUAAAUUCUUUCGCAAAUGUGCAAAAUAUGAACAGACUUUUAAUCAUUGCAUUCAUAUUUUUUAGAUUUGCUUAAAAUGGUGACUCAAAAAAAUUAAUGAAUCAGUCAAUUUAUUAUUGAUCAAAUUAAGAACGAGCCACCCCAUUUUCUGGAAAAUGUGAGAAUACGCUCGUCUUUAUAACAAUAAAAUAAUGAUAUGGUAAGAAUUAUAAUAAUAACAUUCAGAAUAUUUUGUUCAAUGGAGGCUUAUGAAUAAUUUUAGUCAUCUGUUUUGGGGCGAUAAACUCAUUCAAAUGAAACAAAUGUCUACGUGACAUUCUUCGGAUGUAUUGUAUUCCCGUUGAUAAUGUGCUGUAAAUAAAUUUUUUGCACUCAUAAGCUUUUUUUAUGACCAAGUGGAAGGACCAGUAACCCGAGCGGUAAAAAUCAAUUGCCAUAAUAAAGAUCUGUUCAACUUUACCGCGUUAGCUGUAACUAAGUAGUUGCGAGCACGAUUUAUAGAGGGCACAGAAACUCGUUCUUGUUUAUUUAGGUUAUGUUCAACAUUCUCACCAGUGUUUUUUCGCUGAAUUACUAGAUCCAACGAAAUGGCCGCUCUGGAAUAUUCCGAAAAUUAUGCCCGCAUGGGUUCGUUCUCCAACAAGGUUCACAAUUGCAAAAUUUGCCCAUUUUUCUCCACAUCAGUGUUCCGAAUGGUAAACCACGUGAGAACCCACCGUUCGCCGUUAACUCAUUUCAGCUGCGAAAAAUCCAACGUUGAAUUAUACUUGUGCAAGGACUGUAACUUCCAGACCAACCUAACCUUACUUAUGAAAAAACACAUCAAAAACUACCACAGCUCCCAUCCACAAAACGCAAGCAACUCGCUAGAGGAAGAGGAAGACGAAAAUCGGAGUUAUAUUUGCAAAAAAUGUGGUUUUGAAACAUAUUUCUUGUUGAAAUGGCUACAACAUGGUCAAAAAUGCGACAAUGAUGUAUUUACAGAAAUCAAGGAUUUAUGUGUUAGUGAAAAACACAAAACCAAACCAAACGCAGAAUAUAAGUGUGACCAAUGUUCCUACAAAGCAACACAAAAACAGAAUCUGAGACGUCACACUAUGAACUUGCACCAACGCGACCAGAUUGAGAAGUUUCAGUGUUACCAAUGUUUGUACAAAACAACAAGAAAAGAUAAUCUGAGGGCUCACAUCAGGAACUUGCACCAACGCGAUCAGAUUAAGCAGUUGCAGGGUGACCAACGUUCAUACAAAGCAACAAGAAAAGAUUAUCUGAAACGUCACAUAAUGAACAUGCAUGAACCCCACCCGAACGAGUGGUUUCACUGUGAACAGUGUCCAUACAAAACAAAAAGAAAAGAGCAACUGACUCGUCACACCCGUCACAUCAUGAAGGACCAGAUUAAGCAAUUUCAAUGUGACCAAUGCUCAUACAAAGCAACCAGAAAAGAUCAUCUGAAACGUCACACUAUAAGCUUGCACCAACGCGACCAGAUUGAGAAGUUUCAGUGCUACCAAUGUUCGUACAAAUCAAUAAGAAAAGAUAAUCUGAGGGCUCACAUUAGGAAUUUGCACCAACGCGAUCAGAUUAAGUAGUUGAAGGGUGACCAACGUUCGUACAACGCAAAAAGAAAAUCCCUAACAUCAUCCAAUGGUGCUCGCAUCUGAUGAACGACCAACUAAUUCUAAUGACACUAGUGACCUUGACGCUGUAACAAUUUUAUUUUCUUUAAUUGUUAAAUACUUGAAAUAAAAAAUAAACACGAA